AUGUCUAACAAUGCUGCUGCUCUUGACAGCAGCAGCAGCAGCAGCAGCAAUAGCAACAGCAGCAGCAGCAGCAGCAAUAAGAGGGAAGACCCACCACCAGGAGCAGCAGCAGCAGCAGCAGCAGCAGGAGAGGACGAGGAAGCAGAUAACGCAAAUGCUGCACUAAUUAAUGAAUCAUUAGAUGAUUUAAUUGAGGAAGAAGGAGCAGAACAAAUUGCUGCUAAUGAUGAACAACUUGCUCGUCUACCCUGGCUAUACAGGAGUGUACCAUUUAUAGUGAGUACAGCGGACUUAGUUCGAUCUAUGGGUGCAGGGAUGACGGUAAAAUUUUUUCCUCUUUUUUUUACGGAUUAUUUUUCUUUAUCCCCUAUACAAUUAUCUAUUCUUGCUGUAUUUUAUGGUCUAUCUAUUGCCUUAUUUAUCUCUAUUGCUGCUAAGAUAUCCAAAUAUAUUGGUCGUGCCUUAGCAUCUCAAUUAGUAUCUUUAUUAGGUACGGAUAGAGGUAAAUGGAGUGCUGUAGAGACAUUUACGUCAACUAUUUGGUCAGGAAGUGCCUUCCUUGGAGGUAUACUUGCUAAUCAACAUUAUACGUAA